AUGGCGCUAUUUUUAAAAGAUCGCGAAGCACCAGCCCCGAACAACAAACCGCAGGUCGAACAACGCACUCACUGGCUAAGGAGGAAACUUCAGCGUAACAAGGACUUGUACGACGACUACAAGUGUUUCAUGGCGGACGUUAUUGACAAGGGUUACGCCCGAAAGGUCCCAGCGGAUCUCCAGGACCCCAGUGAUAACAAAUGGUAUAUUCCGCAUCAUGGAGUUUACCACCAGCACAAGCCGGGCAAUAUACGCGUCGUCUUCGACUGCUCGGCUAAAUAUCAAGGCACGUCUCUUAACGACCUGCUGCUUAAGGGCCCAUAUUUGACGAACAAUCUAUCUGGAGUCCUAACGAGAUUUCGACAGGAGAGGAUCGCGCUCAUGGCGGACAUCGAAUUGAUGUUUUACCAAGACAGGGUAUCUGAGGCGGACUGCUCCUAUCUUCGCUUCCUGUGGUGGCCCGAUGGCAACUUGGAGAGUAGCCUUGAGGAGUACCAAAUGGUUGUACACCUGUUCGGUGCAGCCUCGUCUCCAUCAUGUUCGAACUUUGCCUUGCGCAAGACAGCUGACGACAACAGCCAAUAUUUCCCAGAGGCAGUUCUGAGCACGGUCAAAAACAACUUAUACGUAGAUGAUUGUCUCAAGGCCCUACCUUCAGUCGAAGAGGCUUCACAGCACGCGAGGGACCUACGGUUACUACUCUCAAAAGGCUGGUUUAGGCUGACAAAGUGGAUCGGCAAUAGUCGCAGGGUUCUCGAAACCAUCCCCGAGGCCGAGCGCGCCAAAGAAGUGAAAAGUCUUGACCUUAGUAAGGAUGACCUCCCAUUCGAGAGAGCUCUUGGUGUUAAAUGGUGCGUGGAGACAGACGCCUUUGGAUUCAAAGUGGAUAUUAAGCUCAAACCGCCCACACGGCGAGGAAUUCUUUCGAUUGUCGGUUCUGUUUACGAUCCCCUCGGCCUUGCCGCACCCUUCGUGUUACCGGCCAAACGCUUGCUUCAGGACCUAUGUCGAGUCAAGCUAGAUUGGGAUGAUCCUAUUCCUCAAGAGCACAGGGCACGCCUGGAGCGAUGGAUGGCUGAUCUUCCUAAACGAUCGCAGUUUUCUGUCGAUCGCUGUGUUAAGCCAGUUGGUUUCGACUACAUCUCUUCAAGCCAGCUGCACCAUUUCUCUGAUGCCUCAGAGAGCGGUCUCGGAUCGGUUUCCUACCUGCGUCUUAUUAAUGGCGAGGGUGCCGUUCACUGUUCUUUUCUGUGUGCCAAGUCACGUGUGGCACCCUUAAAGACGAUUACGAUCCUGCGCCUUGAGUUGUCUGCCGCAGCAAUCUCCGCCAAGCAGGACAAGGUCUUGUAG